CUAGCCUCCUGCUCUACGCUGCCAUCUCUGUGGAGCCAGGCAAAUGUUGGCAAGUGCUGCGGACGCACAAGUGUAAUAUUCAUCAGGAAGAGUGUAAGCGUGUGGAGGAGUGGAGUAAAGAGGAGAGGAGAGGCACACUGUCCCUGUACUUCACCUCGUUGCUUUUACUGCAGCAUCUCUACGCUUCCUCAUGGAUUUCUGGAGUAAAAAAGUCUGGGGAACUAUUACACAGGUCGCCCUGAUAAUUUUCUGCUCAUUCGUGGCAGCAGGAACUGCGGUGUGUCAUAGCCCGCUGGUACACAAUCUCCUGCCGUCCUCCUUCAGAAGCUCCUCUCAGUUGUCGGGCAGCCAUGGGCCAGGCUUCGCUAAACUGAACCGCAGAGAAGGAGCCGGGGGUUGGUCUCCUCUGGAUUUAGACAGAUAUCAGUGGUUGGAGGUAGACCUCGGUGAACGGACACAAAUCACUGCUGUUGCUACACAGGGUCGCUAUGGCAGCUCUGAUUGGCUGACGGCCUACCUGCUUAUGUUCAGCGACACAGGGCACAACUGGAAACAGUAUCGACAGGAGGACAGUAUAGGGGCCAUUCCAGGUAACAAUAACGCAGACAGUGUGGUUCAGCACAAGCUCCAGCACCAAGUGAUCUCUCGCUACGUCCGCCUGAUCCCUCUGGACUGGAAUCCCAAUGGGCGGAUUGGACUCAGACUGGAGACCUACGGAUGUCCUUACAACUCUGACGUGGUGAGCUUCGAUGGUCACAACAGCCUUCUCUUCAGGUUGACUCCCCGACCGAGACAGAUGACGAGGGAAAGCAUUUCUGUGACAUUUAAAACCCUGAAGAAUUCUGGGAUACUGCUUCAUGCAGAGGGACAGAGCGAGCACAGCCUCACGCUCGAGUUAGAGAAAGGAAAGCUCCUCCUGCUCCUCAGACAAGGCAGGAGUUCUUCAGCAGACAGCCAGCAUCUGGUGUCUCUUGGCAGCCUGUUAGAUGACCAACACUGGCACCACCUCGCAGUGGAGCAUCACAGCACUCACCUAAACCUCACCAUAGAUAAAAGCACACUGUGGGUGCAGAUCCCUCAAAGAUUAACCCACUGGGAUCAUGACCAGAUGAGUGUGGGAGCAGAGCAGGUUCUCGGCUCUCGGAGGUCAGUCGGGUCACACAGAAACUUUCAUGGCUGUUUGGAAAAUCUUGUUUACAACGGCGUGAACCUGAUAGACCUCGCCAAACAGAAAGACCAGCGGGUCACAGUGAAGGGUGAUGUGACCUUUUCCUGCACUGAACCUCUUUCUGUUGCCGUGACGUUUACCAGUCCCCAGAGCUUCCUCUGGUUGCCAGGGGUGACGGAACCAUCAUCGACUGGCGUGUCUGUGAAGCUUCAGUUUAGGACGUGGAACAAGGCGGGCCUGCUGCUGACCUUUGAACUCACAAAGCAAGGGGGCGCAGUCUGGUUGUACCUGAGCGAAGCAACGCUCCAUCUGCAGAUCCACAAAGCUGGCAGGGCGCCAUUGGAGCUAGAUGUAGGUUCAGCACUGAGUGAUGGUCAGUGGCACUCUGUGGAGCUGAUCUCCAGACGAGGACAUCUGACUGUCACUGUAGACGGAGAUGAAGGAGCCACUGCCCACGCCAGUCCCUCAUUCCUUAUCACCGCAGGGGGUCAAAUUUUCUUUGGAGGUUGUCCUCCUGAAGGGAGCAGCCAGCUGUGUGUGAACCCCUACAAGACGUUCCAGGGAUGUAUGCGUCUACUGACUGUCGACAACAAACCUGUGGAUUUGAUCGUGGUGCAGCAGAGGCUGAUGGGAAACUACAGUCACCUGCAGAUUGACAUGUGUGGCAUCAUCGACAGGUGUUCUCCGAGUCACUGUGAACACGGAGGCAGCUGCACUCAAUCAUGGAGCACCUUCCACUGUAACUGCUCCAGUACCGGCUACAGUGGAGCCACCUGUCACAGCUCAAUAUACGAGCAGUCCUGUGAAGCAUACAAACACAAAGGCAACUCAUCAGGUUAUUAUUUCAUCGAUGUGGACGGCAGCGGACCAAUCAGACCACAGCUGAUAUACUGCAACAUGACAGAGGACAACACUUGGAUUGAAAUCCAGCACAAUAACACAGAGCUGACCCGAGUCCGACCUACACUGGGAAAGACUCAGCACUCGGCUCACUUUGUGUACACAUCUAGAGAGGAGCAGCUGGCAGCCAUCAUAAGCCAAUCAGAGCACUGCGAACAGGAACUGAUUUAUCACUGCAAAAAGUCACGCCUCAACACACCGGACGGCUCUCCUCUCAGCUGGUGGGUAGGAGGUGCAGGUGCAGGACAGGUGCAGACCUUUUGGGGCGGGGCUUCACCAGGCAGCCAGCAGUGUGCCUGCGGUCUGCAGGAGAACUGUGUGGACCUUAAACGCCACUGCAACUGUGAUGCUGACAGCAACGAAUGGGCUAGUGACUCAGGCCUGCUGACCCAUAAGGAGACCCUCCCUGUUAGAUCCCUGGUGCUGGGGGAUGUCCAGAGGCCUGACUCUGAGAGCGCCUACAGGGUGGGGCAUCUGCGUUGCCAUGGAGACAAGAACGUCUGGAACGCUGCUUUUUUUGACAAAGAGACGUCGUACCUCCACUUUCCCACAUUUCAAGGAGAGCUUAGCGCCGACAUCUCCUUCCUGUUUAAAACAACGUCCUCCUCUGGUGUCUUUCUGGAAAACCUGGGCAUCAAAGACUUCAUUCGGAUUGAACUGAGCUCCUCCACUGAGGUAGUCUUCUCCUUUGAUGUGGGUAACGGCCCGCUGGAGGUUCGCGCGACGGCUGGUUUCCCGCUGGACAACAACAGGUGGCACAGCAUCCGAGCCGAGCGCAACGUAAAAGAGGCGUCGCUACGUCUGGACGAGCUCCCCGCUGCUACACGCGAGGCUCCUUCUGAUGGGCACAUCCACCUGCAGCUGAACAGCCAGUUGUUUAUAGGAGGCACGGCAUCCAGGCAGAAGGGCUUCCGGGGUUGCAUUCGCUCUCUGCAGAUGAACGGUGUCACUCUGGACUUGGAGGAGAGAGCAAACAUCACCCCCGGGGUUCAGGCAGGGUGUCCAGGCCACUGCAGCAGCUACGGCUCACUCUGCCAGAACCGAGGUCGCUGUGUGGAGAGACCCAACAGCUUUUCUUGCGACUGUGGCCCGUCCGCUUUCACUGGAGCCUUCUGCAAGAGAGAGGUUUCAGCCAACUUCAAGUCAGAAACAUCUAUCAUCUACACCUUCAAGGAGCAGAUGUGGAGUGGUUUCAACAGGAGCAGCAGCAGCACUCUGCCCUCCUCCAUCUACACUGACACGACCCUGAGAGCAGAAAAUGUCUCCCUGAGCUUCAGGACCAGCCAGAGUCCCACUCUGCUCCUCUACGUCGGCUCUUUUCACAAAGAGUACCUGGCUGUGCUGCUCAACAAGCAUGACAGGCUGGAGGUCAGGUACAGACUUGACAGGAGUAAAGAAGCAGAGAUCCUGAGGAGCAAAGUGGGGAACCUCGCAAACGGACAGCUGCAUGCCGUGACCAUCAGCAGACUAGCAGAUGCUGUCUCUCUGCAGAUUGACAGGAACUCCAAAGAGGACUUCAACCUGUCAUCUGAUGUAGAAUUUAACGCCAUCAGGUCGCUUGUUCUUGGCAGAGUGCAAGACUCUGCUGAUUUGGACCAGGAGCUGUCUCGACUUGCCUCUCUUGGUUUCACAGGCUGUCUGUCUGGUGUCCUCUUUAACACCAUCAGCCCUCUGAAAGCUGCUCUGCUCCAUCCAGACACCAGCCCCGCUACUGUCACUGGACCGCUGAUCCAGUCCAUGUGUGGCUCCUCUUCUGCCUAUUCUUACACAGCUGAAACCACACACCACCUGUCAGACCAGUCUGGAUCAGUGGGAAGGGGUCAGCCUUUAGUGAAUGCAAUCAGAAGUGACUCAGCCAUGAUUGGAGGUGUGAUCGCAGUGGUGAUCUUUGUGACUGUGUCUGCAUUAGCCGUAAUGGCCCGAGUCCUGUACAGGAGGAAAGGCACGUGUCAGAGCCAGGAGACAAAAACAGUCAAACCUGAGGACAGCCCGGAGCUCGCAUUCAGCAGCCAAACCAGUACACAGAACGGUCUGAGAGAGAGCCAGAAGGAAUAUUUCAUUUAGAUGAAGGUCUGACCUGCUGCUGAGAGACAGAUGCCUUGUCAAGCCUUAGUGCUUUACACCCCCAAAAAAACUGAGCCGGAGCAGAGACUCUACAAGACAGGAGGACAAACAGAACAGAACACUUCUAAUCAUUUUAUUUUAGCCUCUGUGGUUGUGUUUGUAAAAUCUGUAUAUAAAUACACAAGAUCAACUCGUUGAGUUUAUAAUAUGCCAAUAGAGUUGAACAAUUACUGUAAAUAUUUUAUGAUGUUAAUGUUACAAUAAUAACAUUAACCAGUCCUUCCUCUCUCCUAUUGAAUAGUUGGUAAUGAAUAAAAGACAAACUUUCUAGAAGUAAACAUACAUUUGUCUGUUGGGGGAGGUUUGAAUGCAUUUUCUUUAAACAAAGAUAAGUUUUAACACCGUCUUACAUCGUGUUAUAACAACAUGCAGCUCAAGUGAGCAUCAGCUGUCUCUUAUUGUCUUAUGGUCCUAACAGCCUGCGGUGUUUUUGACCUUUUAUUUUUUUAUUUAAGUGGCACGUGUAGAGAAGGAUGAGAAAUGAGGGCGAUGGACAAGCCGUGGUGAGUGUCAGAGAAAAUAUUUCUUGAUAUUCUUGCGCUUUUCUCACUCAAUAGAGCUUCUUAGAUUGUUUUACAAAGUGGCGAUAUAAAAGUGGUGCAUUGAUUAUAACUAUAUCCGUGGUUAAAAUGUCUUUCUUUGAAUUUUGUUAACACUGGGUUAAAACUUAUUCGGCUCACUCCUAUCAAAGGCUGGUGAGCACAAAUCACCACACUUCCGUUUCUCUACUUUCAAAAUAAAAGCACCAGGUGUCAUAUUAUUACAAGGGGGGAACUGAAAUUCACAGAGCAGAGAACUGAAUGUUUAAAGGGUGCCGGGUGGACACUGGGUGUCCUUCAACAUCUGACGCUCACAUGCUGUUAAGACAAGCUGCUAGUGAGUGAUUGAUUGAAUAGCAGUUGUCUUCAUAGCUUUAGUUUGAUGUUUUGUUUUUUGUGCCUACUGUGUGACAUGGAGAAAACCAUUCUUCUAGGUUCCCAUUGAAUGUUUGUAAUUUUCUCCAAGUCUCUGCGUGUAAUUCUCAAGGACUGUUUUACAUUGUUUGGCUUGAACAAAAUGCUUGACUCAUAUUUAAGUAUUAAUGCUUCAUAUCGCUCUGAUCCAAAUGAACAUUUCAUGUCUUAAACACAAACAAAGUUAAUAAAUUACUCAAAUAAAAUUCAUGUAGUUCUUAGUAGGAGAACAAUGGAAAACAAGUGUUGAAGACUUUUUUUGUUUAACGCGAUAAUGAGAGCACAUUUUAAUAUAUUGGUAGGAAACAAAAACGUGAGGCUCAGAAACGUGAGCUUGAAAGACUAAAGGCAGAAAAUGACGUUAAAGCUGCACGAGAGAUUGGCUAGUUACAAUCAGGAAAUGAUGCAGGAGGACGUGUUUACUCAGCUGAUUACAACACUAGAAGACUGCAGCAUGUAUCUCCACUGCAACCUGUGUCUUCAGCUCCCAUCCACCAGCCAACCAAUGUUACAAAGG